GUGCAAGAUCGAGGCUAGGGACUGAAGAUGACUCCCGCCUCGACUUGGACAUUCACCGCGACAUGGCAAACAAUGAUUUACCAGCUAAAAUAGAGCUAGUAGCGGAACUCGAAGGACAUGAUGAUCGAGCCUGGCAUGUCGCUUGGAAUCCACACAGACCCAUCCUCGCGUCUUGUUCUGCAGAUAAGACAGUGCGGAUGUAUCACUAUCAAUUAAAUACAUCUUCCUCGGACGCCGAUUCAUCUUCUCCACUACUCAAAUUUUCGCAUACUACCACAAUCCCCACUGGACAUACCAAAACUGUCCGCGCAAUAGCGUGGUCGCCUUCAGGGAAAACCCUAGCCACGGCUUCUUUUGAUGCAAACAUCGGGAUCUGGGCCCAAGAAGAGGAUGAAGAGGAUGAGGGAGCAGGCGGGGGAAGCGGAGAGUGGGAGUGUAUGAGUUUGUUGGAGGGACACGAGACGGAGUGUAAGAGUGUUGCUUAUUCACGUUCUGGGAGCUUGUUGGCGAGUUGUAGUAGGGAUAAGACUGUAUGGAUAUGGGAAGUUCACCCUGAUUCCGACUUUGAGUGCAUGGGCGUACUCAUGGAACACACCCAGGACGUUAAAUGCGUCGCUUGGCAUCCAAAAGAGGAGAUCCUCGCUUCAGCCUCAUACGACGAUACUAUCAAACUGUACUCAGAUGAUCCCUCAGACGAUUGGUUUUGCGCAACCACACUUUCCGGACACGACUCCACCGUAUGGACUCUUGCAUGGGAACCUACAAACGGAAAGUACCUCGCCUCCGGUUCGGAUGAUGGUACAAUACGGCUCUGGCGUAUCACUGGUGGCCAGAUGAGUGAGAUGAAGGGAGAGUGUAUCAUGGCUUUAGAAGGACAUCAGGGCAGUAUAUACUCAAUCAGUUGGAGUCCUGGGAAGAAGGACGAGAAGAGAAUAGCAGAGGAUGGGGAGUCGAGUCUCGGAUGGCUUGCGAGCACUGGUGGAGACGGUACUGUGGUCAUCUGGGAGAUUACUGAGAGACCAAUCGCAGGUUCGGACAGAUCGAAACUUAGCAGUCGAAAGAUCGCACAGCUGGACGCAGCUCAUGGUGUAUUCGAUGUGAAUAGCAUUGUCUGGUGUCCGCGACCUGGUCUUGAACAUGUCUUCGCUACCGCUGGAGACGAUGGACAUGUCAGGAUCUGGAAGGUGGAGUGGAAAAACACGUAGAAAUGGAUAAAAUAUAUACACUUGUGUAUGAGCAGUCGACAACAAGAAUUUGCUGAUUAUUCAUCCGGUAGGUGGAAGUACAAAGAAAAGCGGCAAUCUCUUUCCAUCUCUUACUAUCGUCGCUGUCAUGAAUGAAGCUUGUAGCUUCUCCUUUC